AUGGUCUUUUCUUCAUUGCCAGUUGAUGUGGAUGCACCUACUGAACUAUUUCUGGAUACUGGCUUUCUAAAUUUUUUGGUUCUUGACAAUGGUGAUGGUGCUGAUGGUGCUGAUGCCGAUGCUGAUGCUGAUACUGAUGCUGAUGCUGAUGCUGAUGCUGAUGGUGCUGAAGAUGUUUGA